AUGUACACGCACAAUCUUGUCUUGUACAAUGCAAUUCCCUUUCCUGUUAACCCUAUUUUCUCGAGGACUGCUGCCAAGUAUCCCAUAUUAUCCAGUGUUUCCUCGUCAAUCAAUGAUUCUGACAUCAAUCGAUGCACAUCAAGAGUCAAAAACUCAAAGGAGAAAGAUAUUUCAUCAAGGGUGUGGAAUAUCAUUCAAGAAUUGGGUGUAGAGGGUGAAGAAGAUAAAGGAGUGUUUGAAGAUAAAAUCAGAGAGAUGAAGGCCGAAGAUGAAGCUUGUUACAAGGAUCAGAGGGAGAAUCAUCUAAGUAUUCCAUGA